CCCACCAACCCCCCCCACUUCCUCCCUCACCCCCUCCCCCCCGGCCGCGCGUUGCAUGCCGGGAGCUGGUGUCAUGGCGUCGUUGGAGGCGCGGGCAAGCAUCAGCCUGGCCGAGCAGGAGGUGGGAGACAGCGGAGGCCACAUGGCGGUGGAGGAGGCCCGGGGCGAGCAGGCGGGUGGGGCGGAGGACGAGGAGGAGGAGGAGGGGGAGGAGGAGGAGGUGGAGGAGGGGGGGCGGACGGGGGCUCUGGCGGCGGGUGGUAGCCCCUCGGAGCGCAGCGCGGGGGGCUCCUCGUGGCCCCGGCACAAGCACAAGAAAAAACACAAGCACCACCGCGGCAGCGGGGGGCACCACCGCGGCAGCGGGGGGCACCACCACAGCAAGAGCUCCAAGCACCGCAAGCAGCACAAGCAGGCGGGAGACGAUGCCCACAAGCACAGGCAUCGCCACAAACACAAGAAGCAUCGCAAGAAGGACGAGGGCGGUGGCGGUGGCGGCGGCCGCUCCCCCUCCCCCACUGCCCCCGCCAGGCAACCAAACCCCGGCACAGCCGCCACCGCCGCCGCGCAGCCAGCGGCACCUCCGCCCACCGCCACCGUCACCGUCACCGCCGCGGCCGCGGCGCCGCCAGCCCAGGCGGUGAAGCGGAGCGGGCGGGCGGAGGAGGAGGCGCUGGAGGAGCUGGAGAAGCAACGGGCACUGAUUCAGGCCGAGCUCGACGGAGACCGCGCCCACUCGGGCAUGGGCCUCAUCCUGCAGGGCUACGUGUCCGGCUCGGAGGAGGAGGGGGAAAUCAGUGAGCGGGGAAACCCGGCCCCUGCUCCCGCACCGCCUCCUCCGCCUCCUCCUGCCCACGCCGCCACCGCCGGCGCCGUCGAGCCGCCGGACGCGGCACCGGCGCCGCUGGCGCCGCCGCUUCCGGCGGCCGGGCGAGGCGGUGACCCCGGGGAGGAGGAGGCGGCGGCCGCGGGGCGCGGAGACGCGACCGGCUCCGCCGCGGCGGCGGCGGCGGCGUCGGCGCCGCGCAGCCGCGGGGAGCGCGACCGCCGCGGGGCCAAGGAGAAGCAGCGGCGGUCGAGGCACGAGCGGGGCAAAGGGGCCGCCUCCGCCGCCUCUGCCGCCUCCGCCGCCUCCGCUGCCUCCUCCGCCGCGGCGACCGCGGCGGGGAGCGGCCGCAAGAGGAGCCGCUCGCGCUCGCAGUCGCAGGGGAGGGAGCGGCGGCGCCGGCGGGGGUCGGAGAGGGAGCGAGGCAGCGGCGCGGGGCCACCCGAGGAGGAGAGGGCAGGGCGCCAGCAUCAGCAGGAGAAGGAGCGGGGGGCGGCGAGGCGCAGGAGGAGGAGGAGCGAGCAGUCGAAGCGAUCGCCCGGCAAGGAGAACCGCUCCCCCGCGGGGGGGCGCCGGCCCCGCCCCCCCCCUCCUCCUCCUCCUCCUCCGCCGUCGUCGCCCCCCGCGGCGGCCCCGGCCUCCUCGGAGCGCGAGAGGGGGGGGGGCUCGUCCCGGGGCGCCCGGCCCCGCGGCCGGGACGAGAGGGGGGGCCCGGCGCGGUCACCGGCGGCGUCGCCGACGGCGGGGAGGGGCAGGGCCGGGGAGCGCUCGGUGGAGAGGGAGAGGGGGGCCACGCGGAGAGACGCCGACAAGAAGGAGGAGGCGAGGCCGCACCGCGACGAGCCGAGCUCCCGCCGGGACCCCCGGCGCUCGCGCGACCAGGACCGUCGCGACCGCGCGGCCGAGGGCUCCGCCGCGGCCCUCCCCGGCGCCGCGGCCGCGCGGCCGCCGCCGGGCCGCGAGCGGCCCCGCCGCAGCCGCUCCCGCGACCGCGGCAACGGCGGGGGCGGCGGCGGCGGCGGCGUUUACCGGAGGGGCUCGUCGCCAGGCCGCGCGUCGCGGUACCACAGCCGCUACCACCGUGGGGGCCGACGGUCGGCGUCGCGGGAGCGGGAGGACCGCUUCAAGGGCUCGCUGUCCGAGGGGAUGAAGGCGGCGCAGCACGAGUCGUCGGACGGCGAGCACUUGGAGGACUUUGACCCCGAGGAGGAGGACGAGGAUGUCGUCAUCGAGCAGCGACGUCAGCAGAGGAUGGCCAUCGUGCAGAAGUACGACUGCAGUGCGGCCGUGUCUCAGGAGUCGGGGCGCUCCACCCCGCGCUCCACCCCGCGCUCGUCCCCCCGCUCGUCCCCGCCGCGGUCGCCCUCCCCCGAGGAGGAGCUGUGCGAGCGCGCCGCCGCCGACGUCCAGGAGUACCGGCUGCACAACGCGGACACUUUCGAGGAGGCCAUCACCGCCAAGCUGCGCCAGAUUGCCUGGGACGAGGGCACCAGCAACGGCGCCGUAGUAACCAAGCGUCCGUCCGUGCCGGACAUGUUUGUGGAGUCUGACGACAUGUUCGCCGAGCACUUUGACAGCCCCAAGCUGAAGGCCGCGAGCCUCGGACGCGACUUCAAGGAGAACCCGAACCUCCGUGACAACUGGACCGACUCGGAGGGCUACUACCGCGUGAACAUUGGCGAGGUGCUGGACAAGCGCUACAACGUGUACGGCUACACGGGCCAGGGCGUGUUCAGCAACGUGGUGCGGGCGCGCGACAUCGCUCGCGCCAGCCAGGACGUCGCCAUCAAGAUCAUCCGCAACAACGAGCUCAUGCAGAAGACCGGCCUCAAGGAGCUCGAGUUCCUCAAGAAGCUGAAUGACGCCGACCCCGACGACAAGUUCCACUGCCUGCGCCUGUACCGCCACUUCACCCACAAGCAGCACCUGUGUCUCGUGUUCGAACCCCUCAGCAUGAACCUGCGUGAGGUGCUGAAGAAGUACGGCAAGGACGUGGGGCUGCACAUUAAGGCGGUGCGCUCCUACAGCCAGCAGCUCUUCCUGGCGCUCAAGCUGCUCAAGAAGUGCAACAUCCUGCACGCCGACAUCAAGCCCGACAACAUCCUGGUGAACGAGUCCAAGACGAUCCUGAAGCUGUGCGACUUUGGUUCUGCGUCGCACAUCGCCGACUGUGACAUCACCCCCUACCUCGUGAGCCGCUUCUACCGCGCACCCGAGAUCGUGAUCGGCAAGGCCUACGACUACGCCAUCGACAUGUGGUCCGUGGGCUGCACGCUGUACGAGCUGUACACGGGACGCAUCCUCUUCCCCGGAAAGACCAACAACCACAUGGUCAAGCUCAUGAUGGACCUCAAGGGAAAGAUGCCCAACAAGAUGAUCCGGAAAGGGACAUUCAAAGAUCAGCACUUUGACCAAAACCUCAACUUCAUGUACAUUGAGGUGGACAAGGUCACAGAGAGGGAGAAGGUGACCAUCAUGAGCUCCAUCAACCCCACCAAGGACCUGCUGGCCGAGCUGGUGGGCUUCCAGCGGCUGCCCGAGGAGCAGCGAAAGAAGGUCCUGCAGCUUCGCGAGCUGCUGGAGCAGACGCUGAUGCUCGACCCGGCCAAGCGAGUCUCCAUCAACCAGGCGCUGCAGCACCCCUUCAUCCAGGAGAAGAUCCUCUAGUGGGGAGGCGGUGGAUGGGGUCGGGAGGCGGAGAGGCGGGAGGAGGCGGGCCGAUUGCCUGCCGCCGCCGCUUUGGUCGUGGUCGGUUGGCAUUUGUUGGCGGCGGGGAGAAGACGACAAAGCCGCCGCCCCGGCGUUAGAGGAGAGGACAUUUGGCUCGUGAAGGGACCAGGGUUUUGGAUUUCGG